CGAUUGAUGAAAGUAGAGAUCCCGCAAAAUAUCUACAUAUGUCAGGAGGCAUGGACAGCAGCAUCAGAUCUUCUUACGGAAGCGCUGAAAUUGAAAAGGAAGAAUAUUGAGAAGCAAUACAAAAUGGAGAUAAACGCAAUGUAUGAGAUGCAGCAUUCUUGA